AAUGCUUCUAGAGGCUAAAUUUUAAUAAUUCAUAAGAGUUGAACAAAUUUUUUGGCUAUUUCUGAAGAUCUGGUGGUUGGUUGUAGUGAGUUUCAUCGAAGAAGUCGCUGAAGCCUUCGCGAAUAACAUGGCGGAACUAAGUUCCCCUGCCAUGGCGUCUACGUCACAUUCUUUUGUACCAGCUGGUCCUGAAAGUGAACUAACCAUACCAAAGUACAGUAACUGGCUCGCUGUGGGUCAUGCCUUAAUAACAGUACUUUGCAAUGGUCUGAGGCCUUAUGUCAAACGAGAGAUGAAUUCUCUGUAUGAGCACAUACAGAAAACAGUUGAAGCUCUUCCUGGUGCGGGGCCCUGCCAAUGUGAAAAUCUGGCCCGUCAUGAUUUGGGAAAAUGUGCAUGGGCAUGUGAACUAAUUACUUAUCACCGUGGACCAAAACCACAGUGGAAACAAAGUGACCCCAGAAAGUGGACGGAUCCGAAUCUUGGUCCUUGGGAAAUAGCUAAGUUGUACAUACCUGAUUUGGGUCCAGGCUCCAUUAUUAAUGGUGCGGACGACAUGGAUAUUACUGGUAUCUUGAACCUCAUGUACUGGUGCAAACAAUUCACGAUUCCACAGCCUCUGGUUGAAGAUGUUCGAGAAGCACGUAAUACAAAGUGGGCUCACGUGCCGAAGCUAGAACUAACAGACAAAGACAGACAGGCUGUCUUUAAUGCUAUUAAAAAACUGCUCGGAGAUUCGCAAUUUGACGGGGACGAUGCCGCUUUAACGGCCCGAGAGAAAAUAUUGAACUACGUGUCCGACGCACAAACAGUCGAAGCCCAAGUAUUAAUUCAGUAUACAAAUGAGACGGAAAGAGAUCUUUCAAACAUUAAGAACGAGCUGAAAAGUCUAACGACUGACUUAGAACACAAUGAAGAAUUUCGAAGGCAGUUGGGAGAAAGUCUUGGUAACGUGGAGAUGGCUUUAGAAAAUGUGGACAAAAGGAUGCAGGCAAGCCAUUUGGAACACGAUAAAAGGUUACGAAUGCUGUUUGAAAGUCUUCAUAACAUGGCAACGGCUUUGGAAAACGUAAACAGAAGGAUGCAAGAAAAAAUUACCCUCAGAAGGCUCGUCCAAAAUGGCAUAUUGUUCGUUGAGUACUGCCUUAUUAUGUGUUCCUGGGGAUUAAGAUUAAGAGCAAGACUGCUUGCUCCCUGGCUAAUAAUCCUUUUUUUGUGCAACUGCUUCACGAGUCUAGAUCGCAGAUCAUUCGAGGAUGCACUCGUUUUACCCUAUGAAACGAUCGGAUGUUUUCAGGAUCACGGUGACCGAGCCAUACCGACAUUGGAGGGACAAGAUUCUAUUUUGGAUGGCAGCUACAAUACACGACUUGAAGCUAUCAAUAAAUGCUAUCAAGCAGCUAAGAAGCGAGGAUUCCAAAUGUUUGCAGUUCAAAAUGGCGGAUGGUGCGCCUCAAGUGCUUUCGCCAUUGGAACGUUUACCAAAUAUGGCAAAUCCUCAGCUUGUAAGUCAGACGGUGAAGGUGGACCAUGGGCCAAUCAAGUUUAUUAUAUCAAAGGUUAUCAAGCCGUAGGAUGUUAUAAAGAUACUUCAGAUCACCCAAUGGAAACGCUAGAAGGAAAAGAUUCCAUCUUAGACGGCGCGUACAGUUCCCGUGAAAAUCCCAUUGCAAAGUGCGCCGUGGCUGCAUUGAGAAAGGGUUACAAUUUAUUUGCAAUUCAGGAUGGUGGCUUGUGUGCAGCAAGUGCUAUUGUGCCACAGACCUUUGACAAAUAUGGAAAAUCUACCACUUGUAAGGGUGAUCGUAAAGGUGGACCCAGGGCUAAAAAUGUCUAUGUCGUCAAUCCUCUCGUUUUACCCUACGAAACGAUCGGAUGUUAUCAGGAUCACGGUGACCGAGCCAUACCUACAUUGGAGGGACAAGAUUCUAUUUUGGAUGGCAGCUACAAGGUACGACUAGAAGCUAUCAAUAAAUGCUAUCAAGCAGCUAAGAAGCGGGGAUUCCAAGUAUUUGCAGUUCAAGAUGGCGGAUGGUGCGCCACAAGUGCUUCGGCUGCAAAGACGUUUACCAAAUAUGGCAAAUCAUCAGCUUGCAAGUCAGAUGGUAAAGGUGGACCAUGGGCCAAUCAAGUUUAUUAUAUAAAAGCAUACGUUGCCGUUGGUUGUUACAUGGAGAAACAAGAUCGCGCAAUUGAAACACUGGAAGGAAAGGAUUCCAUCUUGAAAGAUUCCUACAAUUCUCGUGAAAAUCCCAUUGCAAAGUGCGCCGUAGCUGCUAUGAGAAAGGGGUACAGUAUGUUUGCAGUUCAGGAUGGUGGCUUGUGUGCUGCGGGUGUUACUGCGCCACAGACGUUCGACAAAUAUGGAAAAUCCACAUAUUGUGAGGUUGAUGGUACUGGAGGACCCGGGGCUAUUAACGUAUAUUUGAUGAAAGAGUACGAAGUCGUUGGUUGUUAUAAAGACAAACAAGAUCGUGCAAUCGAAACAUUAGAGGGCAAGGAUUCCAUUUUAGAUGGCGCGUACAAUUCUCGUGCAAAGCCCAUCGCGAAGUGCGCCUUGGCUGCCAUGAGACAGGGUUACAGUAUGUUUGCAGUUCAGAAUGGCGGCUGGUGUGCAGCAACUGCUACUGCUCUGCAGACUUUUAACGAAUAUGGAAAAUCCACGGGUUGUAAGGCGGAUGGUGAAGGUGGACCCUGGGCUAAUAAUGUGUACAUUUUAAGACGCACGUUUUUAUGAAGGAGUAUUAGGUGUAACGAUGUCACUUUGAUGGCCGCACAAUAACCCAGAUUAAACUAUAAAACGAAACUAGUCUUUAAUCAUCCGCCAUGACAACCGGAAAGCGUGGCCCAUACAAAUAUCCACGAUCCUUUGCAAUGUCUUAGAACUUCCGCUAGAACAACUUCCGGUAGGAUUACUAUCAAAACAUUACAUCCCUUCCUUUCUUUAGAGACAA